AUGCUAGAGGAGCGCGGCCAAGUAUCAGUCGCACUCACCUACAAGAGCGACCUAUUUCAGGCCACUAUGAAGCUUGUUCUGCUAGCUUGGUCAGAUGUCGGCCUCUCCGAGAGCAACUGCAGACCUAAGAGACUAGCGAUUGAACGCCGCGCACUAGCGCUAUUCUCUUUCAAAGCUAUGUAUUUCAAUAGCUACCAGAAAAUUGACUAUACCCUCAAAGCGCGUAAAGGUACCCAUUUGAGCAAUAUAGCAGCCAGCGAGCCCUGGACAAAGAUGUAA